AGACGUGAGAUUCGAAACCGGCUUGGAUUUUGUUUAGGGCAGUUAAUCAUAAGCUUAUCACUUGAUCAACCGACACAAUCCAAGGAAACCUUCGUCAAAGCGCUUUCUUCUUUAGGGCGCAACAAUACCGACACACACUGAUACCACGCGGCUUUCACAGUGCGGCCACCGAGACCGAGCCCAUGCUGGAGGGCACAAUCGGAGAAAGGCCCAGUUCCCAUAAUCGCCGAAGGGUGCAAACAAAGGGAGAGCUAUGGGGCUUCUUUCCAACAGAGUCAAUCGGGAAAGCUUGAAACCGGGUGAUCAUAUCUACUCUUGGAGGGCUGCUUAUAUCUAUGCCCAUCAUGGGAUCUAUGUUGGAGAUGACAGAGUUAUUCACUUUACCAGAAGGGGUCAAGAAGUAGGAACGGGGACCGUGCUUGAUGUCUUACUGGUAAGUUCAGGACCUGCUCGAUCCUUUGUACCGUGCGCUACUUGCAUUCCUGUAGAAGAAGGAAAUGGGGUUCUGUUUUCAUGUUUGAACUGUUUUCUUGCUGGUGGAGUGUUGUAUCGUUUUGAGUAUGCUGUCAGUCCUGCUCUCUUUCUUGCGAAAGCUCGAGGUGGAACUUGCACCCUUGCUAGCUCUGAUUCAGAUGAUCUUGUGGUUCAUCGAGCGAAAUAUCUACUCGACAAUGGGUUUGGAUGCUAUAAUGUAUUCAAGAACAACUGUGAAGACUUUGCAAUAUACUGCAAAACUGGACUACUUGUGGUUGAUCAGAGGACCAUGGGACAAAGUGGGCAAGCAGUUUCAAUCAUAGGAGGACCUCUGGCAGCUGUUCUUUCGACACCGCUGCGUCUUGUGACAACCAAUGUCUAUGGAAUGGCUGCAACAGCUGUUGGGGUGUACUGUGCCAGUAGAUAUGCUGCUGAUAUUGGGAUGAGGAAGGAUGUGAUGAAGAUAGCUGUGGAGGAUUUGACACAAAGGCUGGCUACCGGGCUCAUCCAGGUGGUGGAACCGCAGAUCUUACCUGCAAUGGCGCCGGUGUCUCACCUGCUCACAGACAGAUAAUUAAACUACCACCAUCUGUUGUUGUUGUCUGGUUUAAAAGAACAUAACUGUUGAACUGCUUAGAACUUCAGUGUUUAAGGAGGUACUAUUGUGGAA